CCACAAUUGUCAUAAUCUAGUACGAUGUCAACCCAUAUCAAAGCCGCACUAGCAGACGAAGCGUCGCGACUCCAAUCGUCAGCCCACCAAAUCGCCAAGUCAGGCGCAUAUCUGUACCCUUUGAAAGGCAUAGUCUACCUCCUUACCCACCGAAAUCUGUGGUCCCCCCUCGUCGCUCGAGCAUGGCAGACCCUCACCCUCGGGGCGGGGAUCACCGUCCUCCUCUUCGCAACGACGUAUAUCCCGCAAGUAGCUCUCCUAGCAUUCACAAGCGGGCCUCUGGCGCCCGUGUCGGCGGCCUUGCUCGUUCUAAGCGAGAGCUCGACGCUCACAAAUUUUUUCUUGACGAAAAGCAAUGCGUCAAGGGUCGCCCUGGGGGAAGUAUUCGAUGAUACCCUUUUAGCGCGGGGAUCCGGACAUCUCCUCGACGACCGUGAAGCAAAACGGGACGGAAAACGGAUGAAGAUUCCUUCUUUCUCGGUUCCCCUGGUCAGAUCGCUGGUUUACUUGCCUCUUAACUUUGUUCCGGUCGUGGGAACGAUCUCCUAUAUUGUUUUGCAGGGGAGGAAGAUCGGGCCUUUCGCCCAUGCGAGAUAUUUCCACCUGAAGGGGUGGAGAGGGGACGAGGUUCGAGAAUGGGUUGAGGCCCAUCGGGGGGGGUAUACAGGCUUUGGAAUUGCCGCGUUCGUCCUUGAGAUGGUCCCGUUUGCCUCGACCAUUUUUACGUUCACGAAUACCAUCGGGGCAGCCAUGUGGGCAUCUGAUAUUGAGAGGGAAUUGAGCAGUAGAUAGAUAUACAUUGUCUUCGUUCCUGAAAAUAUACAUACUGCUUUCCUAUACAUACAUACAGUGUUAAUUACAAUGGAAUGCUUGAGACACUACUCGGUGAACACGCCCAGCUGCACCCGAAACGCUGGAAAGGCAAGGGCCGCAGCACCUCUCUCGAGGCCCGCGGCCGCUUCAGGCCGUUCUCGUACGUGCUGCAAUCCCACCACUCGACCCACUCGGUGCGAGGCAGG